AUGACGAUCCAAGAACAGACCAUCCUUAUCACUGGCGCCGGCGGCUGGCUCGGCUCGCUCUUGCCCGCUCGAAUCGUUCAGCGCGAGCCGCAAACGGCGUUCAGCUUCAUCCUCGCUGAUAUUGUCGAGCCCAAGCCCGCCAAGGGUCUUGCCGCCAGGGUCAUCUGCAAGAAGGCGGAUCUGUCGGAGGAGGCAAGCCUCGAUGAGCUCUUCAACACCGAAUUCGGCAAGCCCGACGUCAUCUACUCGAUGCACGGCAUCAUGAGCCUCGGAAGCGAAGAGAACUGGGACCUCGGCAUGAAGGUGAACCUGGACAGCACGCGUAGCCUGCUGGAAAAGGCAAGAGCCUCGCGCACCUCGCAAGGUGGGCCGAUCAAGGUCGUCUUCACCUCUUCCGUGGCAACCUAUGGCGGUCCUCUGCCGCAUGUCGUGCUUCCCUCGACUCCGUGCCAGCCCGAGGGUGCGUACGGCACGGCCAAGCUGAUGGGCGAGUACCUCAUCACGGAGUACACGCGUCGCGGCUUCAUCGAGGGCAUCUCGGUCAAGCUGCCCACCAUCGUCCCGCGUCCCGGAGUUCCAUCGCGCGCCACAUCCGCCUUCGUUUCGGGCAUCGUCCGCGAGCCUCUGAACGGCGUCGAAGCCAUCUGCCCCGUCGGAUCGUCGAUCGAUGACCCCGUGCUCAAGAAGCUUGAGGUGUGGGUGGCCAAGCCCUCGACCACGCUCGAAAAUCUCGCCCGCGCCAAGAACGUCGUCACGGACAGUGCCCACAAGAUCACGCGCUGGUCGCGAUCCGUACAGCUGCCUGGAUUUACCGUUUCGAUCCUCGAGAUCAUCGAGGCGUUGCGCAGCGUGCGGGGAGACGAGGCGGUGGACCUCAUCAAGUUUGAGCACGACGACACCUGCCAGCGCAUCGUCUCGAGUUGGCCUCGCGAGUUCGACAACUCGUACGCACUUGACCUGGGCUUCACCGUCGACCAGGACGGCUUCACUGGCGCCAUCAAAGAGUACAUGGAUGCUCACUGUUGA